AUAUCCGUGAUGGGGCUCCUCUUCCUCUGCCUGGUCCUGUUGGCGGCGCCGGCCGCCUCCAUGCUGUGCCCCAAGCGCUGCACCUGCCAGAACCUGAUGCCCUCCUACACGGUGCUGUGUGCCAAGACGGGUCUGCUCUUCGUGCCGCCCAACAUCGACCGCCGCACCGCCGAGCUGCGCCUCAUGGACAACUUCAUCACCACGCUCCGCCACCGCGACUUCGCCAACAUGAGCAGCCUCAUCCACCUCACGCUCUCGCGCAACACCAUCAGCCAGAUCCGCCCCUACGCCUUCGCCGACCUGCAGGACCUCCACGCCCUCCACCUCGACGCCAACCGGCUCACCGCGCUGGACGACACGCACCUGCAAGGCCUGGUCAACCUGCGCCACCUCAUCCUGGCCAACAACCAGCUGCACAGCAUCUCGCACAGCGCCUUUCAGGACUUCCUGGAGACGCUGGAGGACCUGGACCUGUCUUACAACAACCUGGUGGACGUGCCCUGGGACACCAUGGGCAUGCUGGUGAGCGUCAACACGCUCAGCCUGGACCACAACCUCAUCGAGUUCGUGCCCGAGGGCAUCUUCUCCAACAUGCACAAGCUGGCGCGUCUGGACAUGACGUCCAACAAGCUGAAGAAGAUCCCGCCCGACCCGCUCUUCCUCAGGAUCCCUGUCUACACCAAGCUGAAGGGCUCGCCGCUCACGUCACUGGUGCUGAGCUUCGGCGGGAACCCGCUGCACUGCAACUGCGAGCUGGUGUGGCUGCGCCGGCUGACGCGCGAGGACGACCUGGAGACGUGCGCCUCGCCCCGCGAGCUCGCCGGCAAGUACUUCUGGACCAUCAAGGAGGAGGAGUUCACGUGCGAGCCGCCCAUGAUCACGCGCCACAGCCCCAAGACCUUCGUCAUGGAGGGCCAGCGCGUGAGCCUGCGCUGCAAGCCCGUGGGCGAUCCGGAACCUUCCACGCACUGGAUCAGCCCCGACGGCAAGGUGAUCGGCAACACCUCGCGCACCACCUGCUACGAGAACGGCACGCUGGACAUCCACACCACCACCGGCAAGGACUCGGGCAUGUUCACCUGCAUCGCCUCGAACGCGGCGGGCGAAGCCACCGAGAAGGUGGAGCUGGUCGUCAACCCGUCCCCGCACUACGACCCCAAGCUGGACCCGGAGCCGGGCCCGUCCGACAUGCCCACCUCCAUCAAGUCCAACGCCAGCGGCGGCCACCACAAGAUGGACCACCAGCGGGUCAUCGUGUCCGAGCUCUCCUCGUCCUCGGUCACCAUCCACUGGCCGCCUCAGAGCCACAUUCCCGGCGUGAGGAUGUACCAGAUUCAGUACAACAGCUCCACGGAUGAUAUCCUCAUUUACAGGAUGAUCCCUGCUUCUCAUAAGCUCUUCCAGCUGAGUGACCUGGCGUCGGCGCGGGACUACGACCUGUGCGUGCUGGCGGUGUACGACGACGGCGUCACCACUCUGACCGCCACCCGUCUGGUGGGCUGCGUGGCCUUCUCCACCGAGCGCGACUACCACCAGUGCCGCUCGCUCCACGACCAGUUCCUGGGCGGCACCAUGAUCAUCAUCAUCGGCGGCAUCAUCGUGGCCUCCGUGCUCGUCUUCAUCUUCAUCCUCCUGAUGAAGUACAAGCUGCACAGCAACCACUACAAGCAGAAGGCCGCGCGCGUCAGCAACGUCUGCUCCCAGACCAACGGGGGCCAGGCGGCCGGGAGCGUGACCGCGGGCGGCGGGGGAGGAGGGGGCGGCGGAGGAGGAGGAGGGCCCCAGGCCGGCGUGGCCCCCGGGGCCAGUGUGGGGGGGAAGCUCCAGGGGCCCCUGGCGGACAGGCACGAGCCCCAGGAGGGGGGCUGCUACGGAGCCCUGAAAGGCACCACGGUGGUGGACUUGAACCCGGAGUACCGGAAGACGGUGAAGGACGACGAUGCCAUCUCGCAAUAACACAGGCAUUCGUCUCUGUCUGGAAUCUAAACUCCCACUGCCUGGCUAGACACACAACGGAUGCCAGUCCACCACGACGACGUACCAGAGCCUGGCCGCCGGGGGUCAGACACCGCAUUCUUCUGGAGUCAGUCCGUCCUUUAUGCAACCAUACCCAGGAUCCACGGAGGAAAGUUCACAGCUCGGGGGGGGGGGGCGGCACCUGGAGGACUGCUGGGGAAACAAACAAAGACACACACACAAAAAAAAAAAUAGAAAAAAAUGAAAUAAAACAAACAAUGACCCCGCAGGACAGACACAUAGCAAGGCAGUGACAUUUGCAGUGUGGUGUUUCGGUGUGAAAAAAUGUCAGUCAUGCCCAUACUUUUCUUUUUCUUGUAACAUUUUUCAACAUCACAAAUGAGAGGCCAUUGGUCUGAACAUUUUGCCCCCUGGCUCCUGGGUAACGGACUUCUUGACAAAGCUCCAGGAUUUUCUUCCCUUUCACACAAUGGUCACAUGCCAAAGGAAUUACAAAAAAUUGGGACGCACAUACUGCGUUCCUUAAAGGACCGAGGAUUUAGACAUAUUAGCACCCUCUUUUUCAUACCGUCACAGCAACAAUACCGAACAUUUUUAUUUGUCCUUUUAUGAACCCCCGGGGCACUUUAUGAUCUCUUGUUUUUUAUUUUCUUAAUUCUCUCUCUGUCUCUAUACAUCUAUUCUGGGUUUCACUGUCUUUCUCUCUGUCUCUUUCCGUCUUUUGGAGAUCUGAACAUGGUGUACUUGUAAAGAAGAUGAGGGAGUGAAUUCCAAAACUCUCUGCUGCCCCCUAGAGGUGGGAGUACACAGGCACUGGCCUUGACUUCAAAGAGACUCUGGGGAACUUCUCGGGAUCUUUGGUUGAGGAUUACUAUGAUCGAUCCAGACUGGAUGGUAAUGAAAGGUGGCUGUGUUUGGAAUAACUGACAGGAGCUUUUCACAGACCAUGAAUAUAGACCAUGUUGAAAGCUCUGCUGGCUAAGAAAAAAAAAGUGUGAGAUAUAAAAAGGUACUUUUUUAUUUUAUUUCCACUCUACUCCAGUUGACUGUGUACGUGAUUGUAUGUGAGGUACACCUUCUGUCAUUUCUGAUUUGAUAACCAUUUUUUUGUUGAAUUAUUAAAUAAUAAUAACAAAUGGAGAUGGAAUUUUAUGCUUUCAUAGGUACAAUAUGUGGAUUUAUAAAGAAAUAAAGUAUUUUUCUUCAAG